CAAUUGAAACGCAGCCACUGAUAAAGCAAGGUUUGACAGGUGUCAAACUGUCAACUCGAUAUGAGAAUGCGGGUGGAUACACUUGUAUAUGAAUGCAUUGUCGAAUAAUAGGAGAAGAAUUUGUUUGGCAACGCACGAUUUGUUUUUUUUUAAACAGCAACAAUGCACGACGCUUACGAGGAAACGUCUAUAUUAAAUAUUACUGUACAAAUCGAAUCUAUGGCCGCUUACGAUGACAAUCUAUUGAUAGGCACGCGAGAGGGUCAUCUUCUUAUGUAUAAUGUCCCGUCGGUGUUUGAUGACAGCCACAAACUGGAAUUAUUGCGACAUAGCAAAAAUUUUAACAAGAAACGUAUCAAUCAGAUAGAUGUUGUGCCGGAAUAUAAUUUAUUGAUCAUCUUAACAGAUAAUAUUGUAUGUAUUCACGAUUUGAAUUCGCCAAACUUUCAACAAAUAAGCCAGUUAUCAAAGACUCGCGGUGCCACUCUGUUUACUAUGGAUGUUCAGUCAACUGAGAGUCUGACCGGAGAGAAGAACACCGUAGUGCGACUGUGCGUUGCCGUUAAGCGUAAAUUGCAGUUGUAUUAUUGGAAGGGGAAGAAGUUUGAGGAAUUCAAAGAUUUUGAGUUAACCGUGCCUGAUAUACCUCGUCAUUUGUCAUGGUGUGGUGAAACAUUAAUAUUGGGUUUUCGCGGAUUGUCUUAUACAAUUUUUGAUCUGAACGGUAAGACCAAGGAACUCUUUCCCACUGGCAAGUCUCCGGAACCAAGUAUCACGAAAUUAUCAGACAAUUCUUUUGUAUUGGGAAAGGAUUCUCAGUCAUUUAUCAUGGAUACAAAAGGAGAACUGGUGCAACACAAUCCCGUAAAGUGGUCUGACACACCUAAUGCAAUAACGUGGGAUGAACCUUAUUUACUUGGUAUUGUGCACGACAGAUUGGAGGUGUACACUCUCGAGGGAUGUCUGCAUAUUCAGACAAUAAAGGAUCUAAAUAAGGCCAGGCUUAUAUAUCGAUGUAAACAAGGGAAGGUCUUUGUGGCAUCCAUUAGUCAGAUAUGGUGUGUCAAAGCGGUUGAUGUAACUUUGCAGAUUAGAACUCUACUGGAACAAAAUCAAUUUCAGUUGGCGUUAAAAUUAACCAAUUUGUCGGAUAUAACGGACGAGGAGAAGGUCAAACAAACGUACAAAAUACAAACGUUGUACGCGCACCAUUUGUUUUACAACAAACGAUUCCAAGAAGCAAUGGAUCUGUUCUUGCAACUAGGAACUGAUCCGUACGAGGUGAUCAGAUUGUUUCCGGAUUUGGUCACACCGUCGGCCAAUGCCAACGAGCUCAGCGAACCAACGCCCAGUCUGCCGAAACUGCAAGAUCAUGAUUUGGAGAAAGGUUUACGCGCGCUGAUAGUUUUUCUGACCGAAGUUAGACAUAAAUUAAUGGCGAAAGACAAAGAGCUUGCUAAAGAGAAGAACGAAAUAAAUGGAGAAAAGAAUUUGACUGCGGUAGCUACGGAACAGCUUCUGAAGAUUAUAGACACCACACUCUUAAAAUGCUAUCUGCAGACCACCGAUGCUUUGGUAGCACCUUUACUCAGACUGAAUCACUGUCACUUGGCAGAGGCUGAGAAAACUUUGCUAAUGCAUCAGAAGUAUCCGGAACUUAUUAUACUUUAUCAAACCAAAGGGCAACACAAGAAAGCGCUGGAACUACUCGAGAAGCACGCGAAAGAAAACGAUUCUAGUCUGAAAGGCACCGAAAGAACAAUACAGUAUUUGCAACAUCUCGGCAAGGAUCACAUGGAUUUGAUUCUGAAGUUUGCUGGAUGGGUUUUAACGGAGGAUCCUGAACAAGGCUUGAGAAUAUUUAUGGAAGAUAUACAGGAAGUUGAACAUUUGCCCAGACCAAAGAUAUUGGAUUACCUUCUUCGUUUUCACAAAGACUUGGUGAUACAGUACCUGGAACACGUGGUACACGUUUGGGAAGACACCAAUCCGUUAUUCCACAAUGUGUUGAUACAUCAGUACAAGGAAAAAUGUCUGGCCUCCAUGAAUCAAAACGCAACGCCGGCGGAAAAGGAAACCUCGCAACACAUUCGGCAGAAGUUGCAACAGUUUUUGGAGAAAUCGCCGUAUUACACGCCAGAAACGAUAUUGGUGCACUUCCCGUUCGACAGUUUAUUCGAGGAGCGUGCGAUUAUACUUGGCCGACUCGGUCGUCAUCAGCAAGCUAUAUCGAUAUACGUCAGUCUUCUGAACGAUAUACCGCGUGCAAUACAAUAUUGUCAAAAUGUAUAUACUAGAUAUCAAAAUCAAGAUCGCGCGGAGAAACAAAAACAAACGGACAAUGCGGACGAGGUUUACGUUUUGCUGAUUCAGCAAUUGUUGAAACCUGACAACGAGGGGGUUUUAAUGGCCGGUUGUAGUCCGGAGAUACAAAGAACGACACAACCGGAUUUGGAGAUGGCUCUGCGAUUGUUGGAGGAACACGCUUCGAAGAUAAACCCCAUGAAGGCGUUGGAGGUUUUGCCAGAUUCCGUUCCCAUAGGUAGAAUAAAACACUUUCUGGAAGUUAGUUUGCAAAACAAUCUGAACGCGAGACGGAGAACGCAGGUUCUCAAGGGAUUGCUUUACGCGGAACAUUUGCAAGUGCAGGAACAGCGAAUGCAUUACGAGUCUCAGAACGUUCUCAUGACGGAGUUCAACAUAUGUCCGGUUUGUAAGAAGCGAUUCGGAAAUCAAAGCGCUUUUGCGAGAUAUCCCAAUGGCGAUAUAGUGCAUUAUUCGUGUCAAGAUCGCAAGAGCUAAAAAGCGGGGCGAGUGUACGCAAAAUUGUACACGAGGUCUUUGAGAUUGUACAUACAGUUAAUAUGACACGCUUUUUGACAUAUAGAUACGUACACAGUUGGAUUUCAAGAAGAAAAAUACAAAGAUGUCUAAUUGCCCGAAGAAUCCGAUUGCUCUCUCAAGCGAGAAUUGUCGUUAGAUUAUUUCUUUUUUUUUUUAUUGUAUACUUCUCUUGUUGUGAGAAACAACAAGUGUAAAUAAAAUCUAUGAAUACUCUACUGUCGCACGUGUGUAAGUUAUCUCGAAAUAAUUCGCACGCUUUCGUUCGAAGCGCUCGG